UAUUUUUAGCAACAAUACAGUUUGUCUCUGUUAUUGUAAAUAAUAAUAAUGAUAAUAAUAAUAAUAAUUAUUAUUAUUAAGAGAACAGGCAUGGGCUCUGAUAAAUGUGUUUCCGGGGCUCGCCCUGACGACCGAGACAUUCAGAAGGUUUUGUUUUAGACUGAUGGCGCUGUCUGAAAUAAAUACAAAAUCAGAUGCUUCCCUGGAGAGCCACCUGAGGCCAGGAACAGCCAAUCUCCCCCCUCUUCCCAGAGGUCCAAAAAAGCAAGGAACUGAGGGGGAUGGCGGUGGGAGAUGGGGUAGUUUAGGAGAGAAAAGGCCUGACCGGCAGAGAAGGCAAAGAAAGUAACUAAAUGGCAGGGGCAACAGCCACUCAUAGAAAGGUGGGCGGUCCUUUCAAGCCCUUAGUCCCACCUCCAUCCUGUCUUGUCCAAUCCGAGUUUAAGUGGGCGCACUCUCAUUGGCCAGACUAGCUGCCUGUCUGUGGAACCCGGGCUGCUGACGUGAAUUGGCGCGGGAUUUGAAUGCCAGCCCUUUGCGGGUGCCAUCAGCGCAGCAGCCAGGGAGCCCGCGGAAUUGAGGAGCGACGUGGAGGACAAGGACCAGGCUCAGAUCGGCCGCGAUCCCAGUUUCUGGAAAGCGUGGCUGAGCCAGAGAGAAAGUGAAAGCAGUUGAGCGCGCGCAGGAGCGAGCUGGGUGCGAGACUUGUUUUAGCUGAACUACCUAUUUCAUCUUCAAGUCAUCAUGAGCUGUAAGAAACGCAGGUCACAGAAGAACUUGUUUGAUGUGAAAAAAACCAUGAAAAUAGAGAACUAUUUUUCUCAGGACCCCAAAGAACAGCAGAAUAAUUCUGGUAUUAUUCAAAUGAAGAUGCAAUCUAGAAAAAGGCCAAGAGAUAUAACUAACACCCAGGAUCAAAAUUCCCACUCACCCAGGAAAACUCCAAAAGUCCAGACCACUUCUCCAAACAAGAUCAUUACUAUUACCUUGGAUGUAAACCUUGGAGAAAUGGAGAAGAGGAAACACAUACUCAUACACAGCGAGGGGGACAGCUUGCUGGCGGGGCUCAAAACCCUUGAUGCUGUCAGAAAAGCUAUGGAGACUCGGCCAGGUAAGGAAAUGCUGGUGCGUGGCACAGAAGGAAUUGAAGGCUUCUUAAACCUGGGAAUGCCACUCAGUUGUUUUCCUGAAAACAGCCACGUGGUAAUUACAUUUUCCAAAAGUAAAAGCAAGCAGAAAGAAGAUGGCCAAGUAUUUGGCCGGCUCAACCAGGAAUCUACUGACGUGGUCAAAUUUUACAUUCAUGCAAUUGGGAAGACCAGAAAACGAAUUGUGAAGUGUGGGGAACUUCACAAAGAAGGAAACAAACUCUGUGUCUAUGGUUUCAAAGGAGAAACCAUUAAGGACACCAUGUGCAAGGAUGGAAGGUUUCUUCCCUUUUUGGAGACUGACAGUUGGAAGCUCAUUGGUAACCUGGACUCCAUUCUAGAAAACUCACAGCUGAUAGAUGAGUUAGAAGGUAAGCUCUUUCAAGUUGAGGCUAAGAAAGUAAUGAACCCUAAGGCAGAAGCUGCUCAAAACAAUGAGUUAGAAGAAAGAAACACCCGUGUGUUGAAAGAGUACAUUGUGGAAGAGUAUCCCUGUUUGAAAAGAGAAAGUGAAAAAAUCAGGGAAAACUUGAAGGAAAAAAUGAAAAAAAGACAGAAGAAUACUUCUCUAUUUGAAUUGCAUAAAACAAAUUUUGGGAAACGCACAAAAAACUCAACUCCAGUGAAAGUGAUCAAACAUCUUUCACAACUCAGUGACUCAGUGGGGUACAUAUUCUGGAACAAUAAUGGAAAUGAAGGCUGUGCCACCUGCUUUGUUUUUAAGGGAUUGUUCAUUUUCACUUGUCGGCAUGUAAUAAACGAUAUCGUGGGAGAAGGAAUAGAGCCAAGCCAGUGGGCAGAUAUAAUCAGUCAAUGUGUAAUGGUGAAAUUCGAUUAUGAAGAUACCCCAGUCACAAAAGACAACUGCUUUCUCGUUGAACCUUGGUUUGAGAUAUCUGACACAACUCUUGACUACGCCGUCCUGAAACUGAAAGAAAACGGACAAGAAGUACCUGCGGGACUGUAUAAUGGGAUUGGUCCUAUACCGUCUAGUGGUUUGAUAUAUAUUAUUGGCCAUCCAGAAGGAGAAAAGAAGCAUACUGAUGCUUGUGUUGUGAUUCCUCAGGGUAAACGAGAAGAGAAAUGUAAGGAAAAGAUUCAGAUGAGAACAGCAGCAGGUUACGAUAAAUCUGAGUUUGUCCACAUGUACACUCCAAGAAGCUUCCAGGAAAUGCUUCAAAAUCCUGAUGUGAUUACCUAUGACACCACCUUUUUUUUUGGGUCUUCUGGCUCUCCGGUGUUUGAUUCCAAAGGUUCCUUGGUGGCCAUGCAUGCUGCUGGCACCACAUUUCCGAUACUGAGAGAGAAGGCUCAUAUCAUUGAGUUUGGUCCGGCUAUGAACAGUAUCGUCUCAAAUAUUAAGCAAAACCAUGAAAGAUGGUAUAAUGAUGUAUUUCUAAACCAACAGGAUGUAGAAAUGCCAAGUCAAGAGUACUGAGGACUGGUGAGAAUUUAGUCCACUUACCAACUUUAAGGGGAUUGCCUAUUUUAUUCCAUAUUCCAUGGUCAAUUUCAUAAAACAUAUGAAUAAUCAAUAUUGUAGGCCACUUUCCAUGAGCCAAGCAUUUUUCUAUCCCCUAGAGAAAUAAGUUCUAAGAACCCUAUGAGGAGGAGAGCUACCCCUAUUUUAAAGUCAAGCAAAAUGAAGACUUGAUAUGAUUUAGCAACAUUUAUGAUGACAAUCUCCAGUAACUUGAUGUUUUUUUUUUUUUCAUUUCUUCCCCUAAAUUCACUUGCUUCACAGCAGAAGCUUAAACUUGUUUACCAAUUAUCCUCUAUAUCUGACACAUGGAAAGGAAAUGCUUAGAAAAAUGUGUGGGUCAAUCAGGAGCAAAAUAUGGCACUGUAGUUAAUGUUAACUGAAGAGUUAAAUGCUUGGUUAGAAAUGAUUACAAACGAAAAACUUUUACAAUUUCUGAGAUUCUCAUAUUACUAAAUGUCAGAAUACACUUGUCCUGGAAAGUCAGAAGUAAUAUCCACUCUUUGGUGAAGGCGUUCCUGUAGCCACUGUCUGACAGGGUCACCGUGUGGGGGAUGCUGCAGCCGGGCCGCACCAUCUAGAAACUGGAACCAUUAGAAAUGUUAAGUGUUUUGUUUAUGAUCCUCAUGAUAUGGAUAACAGGGCAUACGUCAAUCAAUAAUAAAAGUACGUAUUGCCUGAGAUUGCAGGAAAAUUCCCAGAAUGAGACUAAGUUUACAAUUGAGACAUGCCAUGAGGUGCAUUUCAAUCUCUCUCAGGAUACAAACAAUGUUAUUCCUCAAGCCUGAGCAACAAGAAAUAUUUAUCCCAUGGUUAACAAUUUACAUUAGCCCCCCCAACCCCAUCCUAAAGCCACAACCUGUACAAUAGCCUAGCUACAGAAAAACAAUUGCUGUGCCAACAGUUACACGGACUACCGUAUGUAGCUUAUGGUAUCCCCCUCCAGGACAAGAGGCUAAUAAAAAUACAUUUCCCCUACCAAUAGACCCUCCUUGGCCUUACACAGAAACUAAUGAUAAAAAUGGAAAACACAUAGUUAGCAUAAAUGACAAAUGGGUUGAGGGAUAAAGCCUGCCCUUUAGUUAAAGCUUACAAAGACAUAAAAAUUGAUGUGCUUUGACCAAGGAUCAAGGAAGUUCUUUAAGAAAGCAGUUGAAUAGAUCAUAUGAAAAAAAGAAAUUACCUUGGAAAUUAAAAAUAGAAUAAUGUAAAAUUAACAUAGAUAUAUUUUAGAGGUAUUUCAGAGUAGUAGGCUUUUAAAUAACAGACUUUCACUACUUUAAGUGUGUUUUACUGAGCUUUUAGUUUAGAAGUAAGAAAGCUUACCAAUAAUAAGUGUGCUUUAAAGUUAAAGAUUAAUGAAAUAAUUAUAGGUAUGCUUUAAAAUCAGAAGUGAAUAAUAGAUCAGUAGUCAUAUAGUCUAGUUGCGUCGCCUAGCACCUAGUGAUUGAGGUGAAAACGUAAAAGUUUAAUCAUGAUUGACUAAGGUUACAGAAAAAUAUUUUGAACAAUGUACUCAAUAUCUUAGGUAAUCAAUGUAUGUUAGAAAAGAUUGUAAUUCUUGAAAAUUAUGUAAAUCAAAAAAAUUUCAGACUUUGAAGCUAUCCAUUAACUACCUGAAAAAAACACCUGUAAAAAAAAGGUAUAAAAAUAAAGGUCCCUCCAGGGGUAGCAGAGAUGUCUUCUGGAGGUUGCUCGGAACUUGUAACCUGUCGUCCCGACUCUUCUUUCGAUGAUGCCACUCCUCCUUCAGGACCCCUGGAACCCCACUCCCCCUGGCCAGGGCUGGACCUCGGCAACUCUUCCCAUAUGAACAGGCUACGAGCACAAGGACAUCUAGAAGGUCAUAUUCCUUUAUUCUGAUUUCCUUUGUUUUAACCUAAUGUCCUUUUUUCUGUUCCAAGAUCCCACCCAGUGUAGGCAUCACAUUUAACUUUCAUGUCCGUGGGCUCCUCUUGAUUGUGACAGUUUCUCAGACUUCUUGGUUUUAAGGCUGCCCGUCUAUUAGAAUUUGACAGAUGCUUUUCUGAUGGGACUGGGUUGUGGACUGGGGAGGAAGUUUAUGGAAUGAAGUAUCAUUCUCACCCUACCAAGGGAUCAUACUGUCAACAUGAUCCUUCAUUGGUGCUGGCCUUUGUCCCCCGGCUAAAAAGGUGUUUUAUCAUUCACGUAUUACCCUACGUGGUACUCUUUGGAAGGAAGUUACUAUGCACAACCCAUGUUUGUGAAGUAGAGACUUAGGUUCUCCUUCCUUAGGUAGGGGACUCCUGGAGAAUCUACAUAAUUUAUUUGGGAUCAUUUCGCAUGGAGAUUUGUCUCUUUUCCCCAUUCAUGAAUUCCAUCAUCAGUACAGACUCGCAAUACCCUUAACUCCAUGUGGAUCCAUAACCACAUGGAUCGUUUUCACUCCCUCCCUUUGCCUACCUAUAAAUUCUCUACUCCACCCACAGAAAAUAGAAUUUUUAUCAUACCUCAGUCAUUUAUUUAACUGUUUGAUUCUGGUAUGCAGUUGGCACAGUGGUGCACACCUGUAAUCCCAGGGAAUUGAGACACUGAGGCAGUGCAAACUCAAGGCCAGCCUGAGCAACUUAGCAGGACCCUCAGCAACUUAAUGAGACCCUGGCUCAAAAUAAAAUAUAAAAAGUGCUGGGAUGUAGCUCAGUGGUAAAGCACAGAAGCAAAAUGUAUCCAGAAGAGAAAUAUAUCAACAAAAAUGUAGUGUUUGUGUGCAAUUUCUUUUGCUUUUAAUCUUCAUACUCCAUUCCUUCCCAAAGUUACGUAAGUCAGGACCUUUUCCCUCAGCUCUUUGGAGUUAUUUCAUUCAUUUAUAAUGCAGUUGUAAUACAAUACCUUUAGACUGGUCACAGCCUGCAUACAUUCUUCCCUUUGAUCUUUUGAACUCCUAAAUGAAUUUUUAAAGUUGUGUAUACUAAUGAUUUGCUUUUCUGUGCUCUCAAAUUCUAUAGGUUUUAGCAAGUACAUGAUAUCAUGUAUUCACCAUUGCAACGUCAUACAGAGUAGUUUCGCCUCCCUAAAAAUUUCCCUGUGCUUUACCUGCCUGUCCCUUCCCUCCCUCCUGCACCCCUGGCAAUCACUGAUCUUUUUUAUUGCCUUUAUAGUUUUACUCUUUCCAGAAUGUCAUGUAACUAUAGUUUCACAGUAUAUAGCAUUUUCAGUUUGGCUGUUUCAUUUAGAAGGUUUCUCUCUGUGUAUUUUAUGGCUUGAUAGCCCACUUCUUUUUAUCACUGAGUAAUAUUCCACUGUAUGGAUCUACCACGAUUUGUUUAUUUGCUCACCUUUCAAAAGAUGUCUUAGUUGCUUCUAGUUUUCGGUGAUUUUAUGAAUAAAGCUUCUCCAAACA